CUUCACACGCAAGCACAUAACAUAUGGUCCGUACACCACGUUGGAGCAGCAGUUUCACAAAAAACACAGGAGUGAUGGAUCUUCUUUCACUUUUAGGAAACGUAUAAAUAACAACGAAGAUUUGAGAUGAAGAGGGUAGCAUCCUGGCAGCAUCAAAGAGUGGCCUUCCUUGUGGCCAUUUGGCUGCCAUUCUGCCUUGGCCAGACCACGUCUUCCCCUCAGCACCAUGGGAGCAACCUUAAGUUCCGAUUGGCUGGCUACCCACGCAAGCACAACGAGGGACGUAUAGAGAUCUUCUACCAGGGCGACUGGGGCACCAUUUGUGAUGAUGACUUCUCCUUGGCAAACGCGCAUGUGCUUUGUCGCCAUUUGGGUUUUACUUCAGCCAUAGGUUGGACCCACAGUGCCAAGUAUGGAAAGGGAAUAGGGAAGAUCUGGUUGGACAAUGUGCAGUGUGUUGGCAGUGAGAAGAGCAUAGACCUCUGUAAAUCCCGAGGCUGGGGCAACAGCGACUGCACCCAUGAUGAGGAUGCUGGCGUGGUUUGUAAAGAUGAGAGGUUGCCAGGUUUUGUGGACAACAACAUCGCUGAGAUGGAAGUGGAUGACAACAUUGUAGAAGAGAUCCGUCUCCGACCUGUAGUAGCAUUUGCCAAGACGAAGAUACCCAUCACUGAGGGUAUAGUGGAGGUGAGGUACCGGGAUGGCUGGGGUCAGAUCUGUGACCUGGGCUGGACUCCCAAGAACACACACGUCAUCUGUGGCAUGAUGGGAUUUCCCUAUGAGAAGAAAGUCAACAAGAACUUCUAUAGACUCUUCACAGAGAAGCAGCAAAACUACUACCACCUCCACUCAGUGGCCUGCACUGGCACCGAAGUGCACCUCUCCAGUUGCAGUGUGAAGUUCAACAGAGGGAACAGCAGCACUAGCUGUGCAGGGGGCAUGCCGGCUGUGGUCAGCUGUGUCUCUGGCCCACAGUUUGCCCAGGCCUCUGGUCAAAAGAAGAAACUUAAAGUAUCGAACACCGUGAGGCUGAAAGCAGGAGCCCGGAUCGGAGAAGGCCGAGUAGAGGUGCUGAGGUACAGCAAGUGGGGCAGUGUGUGCGAUGAGCGCUGGGGCCCCCAGGAGGCCAGCGUGGUGUGCCGGGAGAUGGGCUUCGGCAGCGCCAAAGAGGCCCUAAGAGGGGCCCGCAUGGGCCAGGGAUUUGGGCCCAUCCAUAUGAAUGAGGUCCAGUGCACAGGACAAGAACGGUCCAUCUGGAACUGUCAGUACAAAAAUGUUACCUCAGAGAUCUGCCAGCACACACAGGAUGCCUCUGUGAGGUGCAACGUACCUUACAUGGCCUAUGAAAACACGAUCCGCAUCACAGGGGGGCGCACACGGUACGAGGGCCGUGUGGAGGUGGCAACCACAGACAAGAAUGGAACUCAGGGCUGGGGGUUGAUCUGUGGAGAUAGCUGGGGUACACUGGAGGCCAUGGUGGUGUGCCGGCAGCUGGGACUCGGUUAUGCUAAUCACGGCCUGCAAGAAACAUGGUACUGGGACAGCAGCAAUGUGACGGAGAUGGUCUGGAGCGGUGUGAGGUGCACUGGGGAGGAGAUGAGCCUCAGCCACUGCCGGCACCAGAAAAACGGGAGCUGCCGUAGGGCGGGGGCACGCUUCUCGGCAGGUGUCAUCUGCUCUGAGACUGCCCCGGACCUGAUCAUGAAUGCCACACUAGUCCAAAAUACAGUUUACAUUGAGGACCGGCCCCUGCACAUGCUGUACUGUGCCGCUGAGGAGAACUGCCUCUCCAAGUCAGCCGCCAACGCCAGCUGGCCCUAUGGCCACCGCCGACUGCUGCGUUUUUCAUCCCAGAUUAACAACGUCGGCCGUGCUGACUUUCGCCCCAAGGCCGGCCGCCAUUCCUGGGUGUGGCAUGCCUGCCAUGCGCAUUAUCACAGCAUGGAUAUCUUCACUCACUAUGACCUACUCUCUGCAAAUGGGACCAAGGUGGCCGAAGGGCACAAGGCCAGCUUCUGUCUCGAAGAUAGUGACUGCAAUGAAGGGGUUGCGAAGCGGUAUGCAUGUGCCAACUUUGGUGACCAGGGGAUCACAGUGGGCUGCUGGGACUUGUACGCACACGACAUAGACUGCCAGUGGGUCGACAUCACUGAUGUCAAGCCAGGACAUUACAUCUUUCAGGUUUUAAUAAACCCAAACUUUGAAGUGUCGGAAAGUGACUUUACCAAUAAUGCCAUGAAAUGUAACUGCAAAUAUGACGGACAUCGAAUUUGGUUGCACAACUGCCAUCUCGGUGAUGCGUUCAGUGAAGAGGCAGAAAGAAGCUUUGAGAAUUACCCUGGACAGCUCAGUAAUCGGGUUUCCUAAGCAAUACUAGGUUCAGGAGGAACAUUCUUAAGGAAUAUAACCAACCUUUUUCUUGAGUGGACUCCCUUCUAACCUUUGAAUUUGAAUGUCAUUCCUGUCAGCAACCCAUAAAGUACAACGAAUCAAAAUUCAUACACAAUUUUGGGGUGUGGUGCUAUGAUUGUAUCCCAGCUGAAAUUUCCAGUAGUCUAAAUGGGAGUAUCAGUGAAAGUGUCAGGUAUGUUAACAGUAUUAUGCUGGAAUAUGUAGUAAUUUUUCAUAAACCAACCAAGUAUUCUGAUUGUAUUAUGCUUUCCAACACAAAUCAUUCUGUUUUGGGUCGUAUAUAAAUGUUUUGUACUACUGUAUUACACAUACAAAGAAAUAUAAGAAAUGUUUGUGAGUUUUUGGUUAUAAUAUAUGUACAGGCAGUCCCUGGGUUAAAAACAUUUGGCUUACGGACCACUCGUACUUGUGAAAUGACUGCCAUAAAGCAUAUUAUAAGUUUGAAUACGAUGGGUCGUAAUAACGAAGACACACACAACAUUGUGACACUCAUGAAACAUUGAGUGGCUUCAGCGGUUUGUCAGCUCAAGGUACAGUACCGUAUGUACUUUUAUUAUUACUGUAUAGUUAAUAGUAUUAUGUACUGUAUUAUUAUUAUUGUUCCUACUUACCUACAAAUUCAACUUAAAGACAGACUUAGGGAAAGGAUCUUGUUCAUCACCGGAGGACUGCCUGUACAGUGAAUUGUUGGUCCAGUUAAUCACGAAAUACAUUCCAAAGUUAGGGAUGAAAAUGUAGCUCAAGGAAAUAAACCAGUUCAAAUGGGACAUUC